CAAACCUGAUGGUGUGGCUAAAGUUAGCCCCCCUAGGCUAGUAUAUAAGACCCCGAGGGGCCAAGACUCCCAUGUCAGUCACAUCGGCUUGGCGUAGGCUUCUCUUUUUGACCAACCAAAACCCCACAAAUCUGAGAGAUGGCACCCAAGAAGGCCAAGAGGAGGCAGCAGCAGGGUGAGGGUGGAUCCUCCAACGUGUUCUCCAUGUUUGAGCAGAGCCAGAUCCAGGAGUACAAGGAGGCCUUCACAAUCAUCGACCAGAACAGAGACGGCAUCAUCAGCAAGGACGACUUGAGGGACGUGCUGGCCACCAUGGGACAGCUCAACGUGAAGAACGAGGAGCUGGAGGCCAUGGUGAAGGAGGCCAGCGGCCCCAUCAACUUCACCGUCUUCCUCACCAUGUUCGGCGAGAAGCUGAAGGGUGCUGACCCCGAGGACGUCAUCGUGAGCGCUUUCAAGGUCCUGGACCCCGAGGGUACUGGCGCCAUCAAGAAGGAAUUCCUUGAGGAGCUCCUGAGCACCCAGUGCGACAGGUUCACCCCUGAGGAGAUGACCAACCUGUGGGCUGCCUUCCCCCCCGAUGUGGCUGGCAACGUUGACUACAAGAACAUCUGCUACGUCAUCACACACGGAGAGGAGAAGGAGGAGUAAAACCCACCUCCCUCCGCAUAUCUACCUCCAUCUACGUCCCCCCCCCCACCUCCUCUCCCCCCUCCUCCCCCCCCCCUCUCUCUCCCUCCGUGGCUCGCUUGCGCACACACGCCCUUGCCCGGCGCUGCUCUCUCUCCUCCCCUCGCCCGUUCGCUGCAAAAGACUCAUCUCCCGUACCGAGAUACCGAGCGAGGGGCCCGACGGCGGUCCGGGCGGGUGUUGGUGUGGAAGUAACAACAGGGGAAACACGGGAUUAUUUCCAAUAAAAAUAAUCUUGUGACACCGAAACUUCUCUCUCUCUCUCUCUAUCUCUGUCCCUACCUCUGGCGCCACCGCCACCCGUAUCUCCCCCCGCCCCCCCAUCACCCCAUCCCGCCCCCCCCCCCGUGUUGACGCCAACAGUGCAUGCAUCUCACCUACUUCACGCGUAGUCAGUCCGGCGUACCGAGACCCUCCUCUCCUGGGUGCUGCGGUGCUGCACAGCCGCCUAUUUGAAACAAGUAGGCCGCCUGACCCCCGGCGGGGGUCUGUUAGCCUCACCACAAUGUGGAGCGUCUGGUGGAGUCGACCCUGCUUUUUAUUCGGAAAGGGGGACAACCUAAAAGAGCGGGACUCUCGGAACUAAAAUAGUUUGCCUGCCCGCCCGCCCCCCCACCCCUCCUCCUCUCUUAAGUUCUCCCCCCCUCCCUCCCCCCUGACGGGGGCAGGGCCGAAGGGAAGGGCGGCGGUGGACCGAGGCGAAACCGGAUUUUCAACGAGCGAAUCUUGGAAACAGAGAAAGAGAUGGAGACAGGUGGCGAGCGGGGGCGAGGGGGGGGGGGGGUUUCGCAGGAGGGAAGGAAACGGAAGCAACAGCAUCUUUGUGUUUCUCGGCUCCUCUUCCUCUCCGCUUCCUCUCCUCUUCCUCCCCGUCGCCGCUGUUUCUCCCCUGUUGCCGUUACUGUACUAUCCAUUUCUCCACUGUAACAGCGUCAAAUAAAAACCGAUAUCUUUCGUACCACA